GAAUUCGGGACCGGCCGUCGCUCAUUGGUUAGCUGACGCGUCGCUCGGAGCUCGCCAACCAAUCUCCGCGGCUAUAGCCCGCGUUGCCCCAAUGGUAGCUCAUCGGCGGGGAAAGGGGGUGGGGCUUCGCUACUGCCGGGACGGAAGCGGCGGCCAUGGCGGCGGCGGAGGCUCCGCUCACCGGUCUGGCCUGGGUCGCUACGCCCGAGGCGGCCCCCGCCGGCUGGACCGCGAUCACCGUUACCGUGGAGGGCGCGGCGGCCAACCUGGGCAAGGGCUUCGGGCACAAGGGCGGCGGGUACCUGUGUGUCAGCACCGGCGGAGCCCAGGCGGUUCCCGGGGCCGUGGUGACCGACGUGCAGGUGCUGAGCGACCGGAGCCCCCAGCCCGCCGGCUACACCCGCAUCCCCGAGUUCCCGGAGCCUCGAACCGGCCUCUCCCGGAAGAAGCGGCUGUACGUGAAGCUGCUGCCGCCGGACACCGCCGAGACGGCCGUGCUGGACGUGAAGCUGAGCUCCAAGAGCAAAGCCCUCCCGCUGUACAUGCGAAUAGGGGAAAUCGGUAACUUUGCCAUCUGGUGUAAAAAAGGGCCGGUUUUGCAAUCCAGCCCCCAGCCCGUCCCCAAACCGCGGACGAUCAGCGCGGGCCUGAAGCAGCUCUCGCUCCAGCCCCCCGACUCCGACCAAAAGUCACCCGCGGCUCGAUGCAGCAUCAAACGUGCUUCUCAGCACGAAUCUCUGUACGACACCUCCAACAUCUACGGCCUCUCGGCCAUGGACGGAGUGCCUUUCACACUACACCCCAAAUUCGAGAGCAAGCUCAGCUCUGGCAGUACCGUGAGUCGUCCUGCUAUCCUCGCAGACCUGACUGUGAAGUCACUUGCUGAUAUUGAGAAAGAAUAUGAUUAUGCUUUUAUAGUCGAAAGGACGGCCGCUGCCAGGCUCCCGCCCAGCGUUUGUUAGCACCGGAGUCUACCUCGAGGGCGUAAACCGCAGCCAAACCGCCCAGCUGGGCUGAGCUCCUCUCUCUCUCUGCUUAAAUUUCAGGGGACCUGAAGAAACGCAAUCGAUAUCUGAUUACAGAAAUUACCUAGGGAGAAAAAUAAACGUGUUUCUCUUCUCACCUGCCAAAA